AUGGCUCUCUACUCCCAGCCACCGAUGUCAUACACUCAGGAGCCCACAACAGCUCCUGUAGAGCACCGAUUUAACCCUUACUCGGAUAAUGGUGGAUCGAUUCUUGCUAUCGCAGGCAAAGACUUCAGUGUAAUCGCAGGAGAUACAAGACAAUCUGAAGGAUAUAGUAUCCAGACCAGAUACGCUAGAAAGGUAUGGCAACUUAACGAUAAAGCAGUACUCGCAACGAACGGGUUCGCAGCAGACGGUACCAACUUUGUCAAACGAGUCAAACAACGAUUAGAGUGGUACGAACAUGCUCAUCAUAAACCCAUGGGACUCAAGUCAAUAGCCAGAAUGAUUCAAACUAUGCUCUACGGAAAAAGAUUCUUCCCUUAUUACGUUUACAACAUUCUCGGUGGUAUCGAAGAAGACGGAACCGGCGCUGUAUACUCAUUCGACCCUGUCGGAUCAUAUGAGAGAGAAGCAUGUAGAGGAGCAGGAGCAGCACAAUCAUUAAUUCAACCAUUCUUGGACAAUCAAAUUUACUUUAAGAAUCAACAACCUGAAGCCGGAUCAGAAAAAUUUGUUCCUGGUAACUUACCUCUAUCGACAGUCCUCUCAUUAGUAGUGGACAGUUUCACCAGUGCAACAGAACGACAUAUCGAAGUGGGUGAUGGAUUGGAGAUUUACGUCGUAAUGCAAAAAGGCAGAUCAGCGGACGAUUUGUUGGACGAAAAGAAAUUAGCUCCAGGUUUGAAAGUCGAAGAAUUAGGUGCAUUAGGUGAAGGUGAAGGUGAACGAACUUUCUUAGUCAGACAAUCUUUGAAGAGAGAUUAG